GAAAUCUCAUCCGAAAAUCUUCUGCGUGGGUCAUAGAAAAAAUGUCCGAUGAUGCAUUUUCUCCCUCCGCGAGGGACGUUUGAUCAUUUUGGGGAGCGCAGAAAGACUAUCUCCGCCUUUCCUCCCAAAUCCAAAUCUGCCAGGAACAUCGCUACUUUUACAGUGAUUUAGAGUCUUGGAAAUUGAAGAGCUUUAACUCCUUAGCAACACCACCAACCACCGCCAUCCUUGUCCAGUCAUUCACCAACACGAAAGCAAUAAAAAAAUGUUUCAUUUCCCUGUUCUCAUGAGCUGUGCUUGCACGCCAAAAGCGAGUGGUAUGGGCUGGCUAGCCUUGGUGUCCCUCAUGGCCAAACAACGGGACGAAACCAUGCGCAGCAUCUCUGCGCUACAGGGAGGGAAGUUAAGGAAAAAGAAUGUACAGCAAUCAUCAAUUAGGUAGAAGGGAACUUUUUUGUUGUUUUUGAGUUAUAUGCUGGAGCCUUUCUCUCCUGUCAACCUGAUCUAGAGGACUGAGUCGGUAUUAGAAACUCUCUUGGUGGUAAUUUUAAAAAAAAGAACCAUCCAAGUCUCGUGGUUGGUUAUUGUUCAAGAACCUAUCCUCCAGUGGUAGUUACGAAAAGGGGUGGCUACUGUGCCUUUUCCAGAUGUUCGCGGACUGUUUUCAUCUAACACGACAGAGCUUCUCUGGCCAUCUCAGUUGUAAGAGGCGCUGUUUUCUCAUAGCAAAUGCACUCCACUACCAAUGAAUUCUAAGAUCCGAAACUCUGGGCGCGGAUGCGACGAGCGACGGCGGAGCUGAAGAUGGGGCUGUCCCAGAAAAUUGCGAUGGAACGAAUCAAAUUGCGAUGGAUUUUCUUUUCGUAUGA